CCCGGCUCCAGGGAAGCCGUGAGAAAGCUCAAAGCCUCUGGCCUCAAGCUGAGGUUCUGCACCAACGAAACUCAGGCAACUCGAGAAAAAUUUGUGGAGAAGCUCCAGCACUUGGGGUUUGACAUUUUAGUCUCUGAAGUCACUGCCCCAGCACCAGCAGCCUGCCGUAUUCUGAAGGAGCGCAACCUGAGGCCACAUCUCCUCGUCCAUGAUGGUCUGGUUCCUGAAUUUGAUCGGCUUGAUAAAGGAAACCCAAACUGUGUGGUACUUGGAGAGGCUGCAGACAAUUUUUCGUACCAAAAUCUCAAUGAAGCUUUCCGUGUUCUGAUUGGAUUGGAGAAUCCCAUUCUGAUAUCACUUGGAAGAGGACGCUAUUAUAAAGAAACCGAUGGUCUGAAACUUGAUGUUGGAGUGUAUAUGAAGGCAUUAGAGUAUGCCUGUGAUAUUCAAGCCGAGGUAGUGGGAAAGCCAUCAAAAAUGUUUUUCCAAUCAGCCUUAGUAGAAAUGGGAGUUGAACCUCAGGAGGCCAUCAUGAUUGGAGAUGAUAUUGUGAAUGAUGUAGGAGGUGCCCAGCAGUGCGGCAUGAGAGCUCUACAAGUACGGACAGGAAAGUACAGGCCUUGUGAUGAGCAACACCCAGAAGUGACGCCAGAUGGGUAUGUGAACAACCUUGCUGAGGCAGUCGACAUUAUUCUGAAGCAGUUGGACAAGUGACUGUACUGCUGCAGAUAUUACUUUAAAGGCAUAAAGAAGUUGGACAUAAGAGAGGAGACACAGCGCACCACCCACAUACCAGGCCACCUCCGCCUCUGUUUAAUUCCCUUAUCUUCUUUUAAUUUUAACCCUGUACAAAUAGCCCCAGGAAAGAAGCAACAAUUAUGCAUUUGUCUGUAAGUGCCCACCAUUUCUAAGUUUGUCAUGUUUAGGCACUAACCUGAAAUACCAACCCGAUUGAAGGCAGUGUCAGACUACAUGAGUCUUCUGAAUUUCUAACCAUUUGGCAUCUCGCUCAGUGCUAGACAGUUGGAAGAGCAGACAAAAUGAGCUGAUGAGAAGUGUAGGACAGGUUCAAAGUCACCCGUGGGCAUGGCUGAGUGUAGAACUGGCUUCCUUGUGUUUCAGAUAAAAAUGCAUGCAAACAUCAAGGUGCAUUUUGGGGAUGCUCCCUAUUGAAUACCACCCUCUUUCUUUCUGGCUGCGCAUAACCACCCACUAUAUGGACAAAGCAUUAAGAGUAGCAUUUUGCAUCUAGACUUCUCAGCAUAGGGGGUGAGUGGCUUUGAAGCUCCCCAGGGGGGCAGUCUGGGCCUGUUACAGGUGGGUUCUCAGAAGGGCUGGGAUUCGGCUCCAACUGAAAUCAAAGCACAAGGCCUCAGUGCCACUUCAUACAGAUGUCCACAUUUGAACUGUCACAGUCCAGUCGGAUUAAUUUACUUUUCAGAUUCUAAGAAUAGACCUUGUGCACUUGAAUGUCAUUUUAUGGCUGCUGGGUGCAAGGCUGACUAGUCGGGUGUUAUGUUCCCAAAUAAUAGCUUUACUCAAUAUUGCUACUGCCUGGAAAUCUUUGUAAACACAUAAAGAGGGCAGCAAUCAACUAUGAAUUAAACAACACUUUAUUGCUUAAAUAAAUUGCCUUGGAUUUUUCCCUUAUGAUUUUCAGCAAUUACUAAUUAGUGACCUAGUUAGGACUGAUCCUGGGAGGGGACUAGGACCAUCAAUUACUCUUAAAACCUUUAGGAAAUGAAGGCACCCAGCACCUGUAGGGUUAGGUCCCGAUACACAGCUUUUAAACAGAGGAGGUCAGAGGCAUGGCACUUCCUCAUCACUGCCUGCAGUGUGGGACCACUGCACCAGGGCUGUGUGCUGCUCCCCUCUUUGCAUAUGUGCUCUCCUCCCACGUGCAGGACAACUCAGGGCGAGAUCCCUCUCCAAACACAGCAUUGGGGCCAGGCAACUCCCUUUAAUGUGAACUUUGUGCAGUUUGCACAACCUAGUCCAGGGUUAGUACUACAUCUCUCAGUCUCUCUCCCACAAGAAGCCAGUGACUGUGGCACUGAAGUGCCUUCCAUAAUGAUAAAGUCAUCGUGGAAAUAAAGCAAAUUUCCACCUCUUGCAAGUUGUUCAAAGUUCAUUUUCAGAUUUCCCCUUCAGUAUGCAUUUGUCAACCCUUUCAUUGCUUUUCUUUCCAUCUGGAUGGUUGUUUGGCACUGUAGUAAUUUAGAGAUCCUGCAAUAAGUACAGUUGUUACAAAUUAAAAAAAUAAAACUAUUGAUAUAUGGAUCCCUUUGUGGCUAGAUGUAUUAAUGAACUGACCUGCUGAAUUAAUAAACAACAGUCCUGUAAAUCUUA